AUGGUGGAGAAAGCUCUGGGAGAUGCAAAUAGUGUCUUCUCUAGUAAACGAGCAGCUCUAAGAGUAUUGGUGAAUCAUGGUGAGAAGGAUGGUUUCACUGCGGCCAGAAUGAUCUUAUCUGGGAUUCCUCUGGACGAAACACACCUACAAAAUCGUCUGUCCAUCCUGAUGAAUGAUGAAAAGAAGAGAAGUUUGUACAAUUGGUGGAUUAUGAAGUAUGAGACCAUCCUUUCUCGCCUCUGGAACUAUCCGCUCAUCGACUUUGCUGGAGAUAAAAGAACCCAUUGCUUACCAGAGGCCAUUGUUGGUGUGAAAAUCCAUGAUGACCUUACUGUGGAUCCUUCACUGAUGAAGGGGAAUAAGAGCAUCCUCGAUUUCAGACACUUCCUUGACCGUGCUUACCAGCCGUGGAUAAAAGGUUCAAUACCAGACAAGGAGCAAGGGGUACAGCUGAAACUGAAUCAAUGGGCUUCAGUGCCAACUUUGGGGCAAUCAAUGAAAAUUAAUAAAGACAACCAGAAACACCAGGUGAAGAAACCGAAGCUAGUGAUAUUAUCGCGCAGUGGGUCCAGGGCGUUAGUUAACAAAGACUGCUUGGUUAAAAUGGCAGAGGAUAUGGGGUUCAGAGUAGAAGUUUUGCGGCCUAAGCGAACGACUGAACUGGCGAAGAUGUAUGGCUUGCUUAAUAAGAGGGAGGUUAUGGUUGGUGUACACGGGGCUGCUUUGACCCACUUCCUUUUCCUGAAGCCUGGUUCUGUGCUCAUCCAAGUCAUUCCUUUAGGGACGGAUUCACCAGCUGAGACAUGCUUUGGUAAACCUGCUAGAGAGCUUGGUCUCAAGUAUAUUGGCUACAAGAUUUUGCCUAGGGAGAGCUCACUGUAUAAUGAAUACGAUAAAGAUGAUCCAGUCCUUACAAAUCCAAAGGGUGUGAUUAGGAAGGGAUGGCAAUACACUAAGGAGAUCUAUCUCGACAGACAGAAUGUGAGCUUGGACAUGAGGAGAUUCCACAAGCGGCUGCUUCAAGCCUAUGACUAUUCCUUCAAGAAAAUAAACCGGCAAAUUAGCUACAAUCAAACAACCGACUUGUUUAAGCUUUGCUAACUACUUCCUUCUCUUCACCUUCCUUAAAUAAUUGUCGAUAUUUCUUUCCAUUGACUGAAUGGUUGAAACUUGAAUAAAGUACACUCA